CCGCGAAGACCACAUGCGCGUAGACCCAUCACUCGACGCGAUCCCCGUGAGCUCCUUCGCACCCUCGCCCGAAGACAUCCAGCCGACCAUCGAUGCUUCGCGCGUGCGCAUGAACCGCAAGUCGGUGCUCGUCUCGGCGCUCUUUGGCCUCAACUUGCGAGGCCACCCCUUCCGCGGGGCCACCCACCCGCUCCUCACGGUCGACGCGGUCGAGGCCAUCAACCAAACCGAGUACAUGCACUACUUUCGCGACCUCUUCUCGUCGGCGACCUUGCCAAAUGGCGCCUCGUACAUCUACGACGACACGACGGCCACGGACAUUGCGCGGCACGUGUUUCCGCUCAACGGCUCUUCCAAGGAAGAUGAUUGCGCGCACGGUAUUAUCACCAGCGUCGCGGGCGCGAUCUACUUUCCGUGGUCGCACGUGCCUGAGAUCGCCCACGUGCUUUGCGGCGUCAACGCGUCCGCAUCAACGUCGUACGCGCGCGUGUGGAAGCACACGAUGGUGUCGACGCCGCACGCCUUGUCGGUGCUCUGGACUGUCCCCGGCAACGACCUGUUUCCGAAUGCGUCGACCAGCGCUGGCGGCUCCUCAAGCUCUUUUGCCGCCUUUUUGAGCGGCUACAUUGGCUAUGUGUGCUACGCCGAGUAUUUUACGCACGUGCUCCACCUCCGGAAGGCGCUCAUGUCGUAUGCCAUGAGCGAACGCAAGAGCGUUGUACGCUACGAAGUACUCAUGGGCGACGCGACCAGCAUCGUGCUCUCGCACCCCAAGAUUUGCUUUUUGUUUGUGCUCGAUUUCUGGAUGAGUCCCGAGUUAUCCGGCCAAGCGGGCGCGCGCGUCGAGCAGUUUGAGAGCGCCUACUACUUUGCCCUUGGCUCGAUCUACUUUAGCCGCAGCGUAUGGCUCUCGUACAGCACGCUCGUGCUCCUCAAUCCGGUCUUGCGGCGGUGUCGGAAAAGCCAUUGGCUCAAGCCCGCCAACCCGACCUUACUGGCGAUCGCAGCGUACGCGUACGGCGGGCUCUUCACGCACCUCCAGCUCGCAUGGUACCCGAUGCUCUCGGUGUACAUUGCGCUCUUCUCGAUCGUGAUGACGCCGGUGCCGCCGGGCGACGAGUAUGUCGAGGCGCUGGUGGCGUUUUUGGCGUUCUCGCUCUCGCUGUGCACGCUGCCCGUGCUGCUCGGUGUGCCCGGCAUCGCCGCGCGCGCUGCCAAGCGCGCGGUGCGCAAUGUUCGGCAAGUGUCGAGCGGCCGCGACGCGGCGCGCUGGUACCGUUUCCAGGCCAAUGAUGGCUCGGACGUGCACGAGGGUGCGUUUGCGUACAACGAUUUCAAGCACAAGAGUCUUCUUUGGUUCUAUCGUCUCGGCGCCAACGUCCGAGAUGUGAUGCACGGAGGGUCGAUGUACCGGCUGUUUGAAGCGUACCCCGAGUACCGACGUCAUGGCACGAUGGACCAGCGCGGCGGCGACUGCUACGUCCUGGGCUACGACCGCCUCAACAACCUCGUUGAAGUCACGCGCGUGAACCUCUUGUCCCAGAUGGAUGCGCCAAUCUCGGUGGCCGUGACCGCCAAGCGCCAAGUACUUGGCAGCAGGAAGAUAUCGCAGCCCAAGAAAGCCCGGGCGUUUCGGUACGCUGUCGGCACGCUCGUGGUGCGCCAAACGGCGGGACCUGGUGCGAUGGUGUCGGUAUCAAAAGGGGCCAUGGACUCGCCGUGGAUUGCUUAAAAUGAUUGCUUCACACACG